AGCGCACUAUUAGAAUGUAAACAAAUAUGGCGGCAACCAGCUUUCAGAGGAAGACACGUGCGAAAGUUUUGCAAAUUCCUGGGUCUAAGCCUUCACUAUACAAUAACCAGUUGUUGGUUUCCAGUGGGGUUCCUUCGCUAGAUGGCAUUAUAGGUGGGGGACUAGCAGUUGGAUCAGUUUUCCUUGUAGAGGAGGAUAAUUUUGGAAACUAUGGUCGGCUGUUGUUGAAAUACUUCUGUGCCGAGGCAGUGAUGACUGGUCAUUCUCUACUAUUGUCCAGUACUGACCAAUGUCCGAACCAAAUCACCAAGGAGUUACCAGCCCCAAUCAUUGAUGAUCCGGGAUCAUUGGUGAACCAGCCAGAAGAGGAGGGAUCAGACAAAAUGUCGAUAGCCUGGCGAUAUCAACACCUUCCCAAGUUCCAGUCCAAUCCAACGACUGUUAAGUUUGGUCACUAUUAUGACUUGACCAAAGUAAUGGACCCUGCCCUGGUCAGCAGCUGUGAUUGUACAUGUGUUGGUCAGUCUGACCUCCAAAACGGUGAAUCAAAUGGAGUUAUGAAUCCAAAAUACAGACAUUUACUAAAGGCCAUCAAGGAGAAGAUUGACUCUGGAGGCUUCUCCACUGCUAAAGCACAGGAGAAAAGGAACAUUCUACGAAUCGGAAUUCAUUCUUUGGGAUCACCUCAGUGGGGAGAAAAUGGUGGCUUUCGUGACAAUCAUGAAGAUUUUGAGUACUCCUUGCCUCGCUUCCUUCUGGCACUCAGAUCUGUUCUGAGGACGGCAUUCGCUGUGUGUAUGGUCACAGUUCCAACUCAUCUGUUCCAGAGUGCUGCCUUUGUAAGUCGUCUAGAAAGACUGUGUGACACUGUUGUGCAUCUGGAAAGUUUUGCGGGAUCCGAUAAAGAAAAGAAUCCUGCUUACAAGGAAUAUCAUGGUCUGUUCCAUAUACAGCAGCUGCCCCGACUCAACUCUCUAACUAGUCACAUGCCAGACACCAUGGACUUCGCCUUCAAGUUAAGGAGGAAAAAAUUCACGAUAGAGAAACUACACCUGCCUCCGGAGUUAUCAGACACAGCCAGCCGACCACAGGAAGAUUCGGUCCCAAAUCUCCGGCCUGGUGUUCUCUCAUGUGGUACUACUGGAGCCAAAAACAAACUUGACUUCUGAGACUUUUUGUAUGAAUAUUUAAGGUCCAUUCUCUAAUCAGAGUUAUCUCCCCUGAUGUUCACAAUCGCUCAUCUGGAGUUGAAGUCAAGGAUUUGUGUAAAUAUAAAUUAUUUCACUGGUUUACUAGGCUAUUCCAUUAAAAUAUCUACCUAACCCUAGGAAUAAAUCACUUCUAUCCAUGGUUGCAUUUCCUUCCUUUAAGUUCUAUGUAAUUGAUUAAAUAAAUUCUGUGGGUACAAUGUAGUACCCCUUAACCAAACCUGGAGUCCUGGGGUGGGGUUUUACUGGAAAAGCCCAAAGUAGUUUCACUAUGGUCAUGUAACUUAUAUAAGGUCCAGUUCAAAAAGUCAACUAUAACUAUAACAUUUUCCAGAGAAAAAAUAUUAAACCCAAGAGAGGAAGUGCAGAAGUUUCAUCAAUAAAUCACAGAAGGUUAACUUCCCUGUUCCUGACACCUGGCUCGUGUUUUAUAUAUUGGGGUAUACCGUAUCAACAUGUCCGUACCGUCGAGUUGUAAUGUAACUAGCUAAUCUUCGGAACUGCUGAUGUGAUCCUCACCAAACUGUGUUCCCGACACCUGUCUCGUGUUUUAUAUGAUGGGGCCUACAGUAUUAACAAUGUCCGUACCGUCGAGUUGUAAUGUAACUAGCUAAUCUUCGGAACUGCUGAUGUGAUCCUCACCAAACUGUGUUCCCGACCCCUGUCUCGUGUUUUAUAUGAUGGGGCCUACAGUAUUAACAAUGUCCGUACCGUCGAGUUGUAAUGUAACUAGCUAAUCUUAGGAACUGCUAUUGUGAUCCUCACCAAACUGUUUCAGGGUGUCGAGUGACAGAGGGAUCUUUCAUGUCUUACGGACAUUUUCUAGUUUUAUUUAUUAAAUAUUUCACUAGAAAUGAAUACAGAAAUCUAACUUUACCUUUGAAUUGCAUCAAUAAAAAUGUCUGUGAUCAUGCCCUAAGAUAAUUACCUUGACAUUUGACAAUGGCCCAAUUAACAGUGAUGACUGACGAGGAAAAUCUUAAUAUCCAUUAAGUUUAAAUAUGUUAUAACCACCAGAGCAUAUAUCCCAAAUGUUUUGAGAAGUUCUUCAGAAAUUGCAGAUAAAUGGUGAUCUCACCAGUAGCCAACAUUAAUCCAAUCAAGGUCAAAACUUAACAUGCUCAACUUAGACCAAUACUGACAAUCCUUGCUGAAAGUGGUGAUAAAAAAGUGAAUUUUAAAACCAAACUGAAUUAUUGGUUCUCGGUAUGUACUGGAAAAGAAUAAUCUUAUACUGUAUGUCUUAUUAUUCUGAUAGGGAGUAUUAUGGCAUGGAAUCGUCUGUUUGUACGUUCACAAAGAGGUGAAGGCCUACCAAGUUUGUUCAAAUGAAUGACAUUGACCUACCUGAUAUAUUAAAGGUCACAGGGGCAAAAAAGAAAAAAAAAUCUUCUCAAUAAAAGGCCCAAUUGGCAUGUAUCGCUCAUGUGCUUCUAAUGAAACUUUGCUCAGCUGAUUACUACAUUAUUCAAAUAUAAGUGUAUUGAGAUACAGUAUAUUUAGAAGUCAAGAUUUCAGAACAUUUCACCUGUGCAACUUUUGAAUGUAGGUCAAAGUCAUUCAAUUGAACAAAUUAAAAUUUGGUAGCCCUUCAUUCCAGCAUGCCACAGACACAAUAUCUGAUCUCUGGAAAUCUUGGUUAUUGAGAAAGAUAUUUAAAGAUUUGAGUACAUUUGACCCCUGAAGUUAUUAACCUUAUUUGUAUUAAUUCUGAUACAAUUACUGUUAAUGCGUUUCUCUUAGACAUAUUACUCUUGUUGAAACAUAAACUUACAAAUUGUAUUACAUGUACAUGUGUAUUACCACAAAGUUCAAAGAGGAAAAAAACAACAAGUAUUUUACUCUUUUUAUUGUACAUGAACCGAAAAUAUCAACAAAAACAACAUCUAAAUGGAUUAAACUUAAUAAUCGGAUUCUAUCAAUAAGACAUAGUCAUAUUGCUAUGGUUACCUGUACCAUAGCUUGGACAGACAUGAGGUACAGAUCACAUGACAUAGCAGGGAAACAGUACAUAUCGAUCGACAAUUAAAACUUCAUUCUCGAUUCAUUAAUAGUAUAAUUAUUAUAUAUAAUGUACAAUUCGAUCGACAAUUAAAACUUCAUUCUCGAUUCAUUAAUAAGUAUUAUAGUAGAUUUUUGCCAUUUUCUUGUAAACAAUAAUUUGAGGUGUAAAGGUUAUUACGACCUUUGCACGAGAAACUUGUGCGAUAUGAACUCAAUUUUUACAAUAAUGUACAUGUAAAAAUCAAAUUAAAACAAGCAAAACCAAAAAGGUUUUUUUCAACUUAACCAGUUUGUCUGCAGAAACCUGGACCUGAGGUGUUGAAUCUGUGAUCCAUUUCAAAACUACACGAGGAAGAAUUACUUAUAUAAGGGAGAUAACUCUUAUAAAUCUCAGAUGCUGUGUAGAGGAAAACAAAUAACAAAAUGUUCCAUUUAGUUACUACAUGAGAACGUAGAAUAAAUGUUGUAGUAAAACAUCUGUAAUACCCCAGUAUCCUGUUUUACUUGUCGAUACAA